AUGCGGACUUAUAUACCAAAGAAGGUUAAUGCCGAGUGCAACCAGCGAGAUAUUGCCAUGUGCGUUGUCCCUGAAGGAUCAACGACAUACCUCCAGGCGGGUCAUAUCGAAAUUUACAACGUGUUUGAAGACAAUCUGUCCAGCCUAAUCGAGCGUUGGAAGCAUUCGGAAGAUGUCGAGCUCAUUGCUCGCGGAAAUCCGCGUCCGCCAUCAAUUGCAACAGUGCGCACUUGGGUGCGGGAACUGAGUGUGUGCUCCAGUCCUUCAUCAUGA